CAGGGUGACAGGUCAGCGAGCCUUCUUUCCCCUUGGUGCUGACUCACUGUGCUUGUGUGGCAGUGUUCAUGCUGCAGAAGGAACUCCAGUGCUCAGACCCAUCCAGGCCUGACUCUACCACUUCCUGGCUCCACUGCCACUCUCCUACCCUUGGCAUUGCAUGAACAUCUAUGAAGACCAGCAGUGCAGACUUUCAGAGUCCACUGGUGAAAGAGCUGGGUGAAGUAUUUGAGAAUGAAGCCUCCAAAUCAAAUCUUACCCCAGAAUCUGUUCUGACCCUGGGAGUAACUUUAUCUUCUGAGUUGGAUUUGCCUUUGACUACUCAGUUAUCACUUGAGGACCAGAUGCUCCCUUGGAAUGACCCUCAGCUCCCUUUCAAACAGGUGUCUUCACUGCAGUCUGCAAGACAUCCCACAGAAAGCCCUGUGGCCAGGAGCCAUUCAGACAAUCCCUCAAAAGACCCUGAGAGUCCCUAAUCUUCAGGUUCUAAGUGCUAUAGAUGGAAACCAAACAUCAAGGUCCUAAGGAGACACCUCUUCACCAUCCUGCAGGAUGGGAACUCUCCUUGGACCCUGAAACCAUGACAGGGUAAGUAACCUUCUCCCCUAAGUGAAAAUGUUAGGAAAUUAAAGAAAGGAGCCAUUCUUGGAACUAGAUGGGUUCUGAAAACUAGAGGACGAGCAUGGGAGCAAGGCCAGGACCAUGACAAGGAAAAUCAGCACCUUUCUUUGGUAGAGAGCUAGCCCCUAUGUGGCCGCUACAUUGGAUUUACCCAGGGCCUGGUGAUGUUCUGUUUUCUGUCACCCCUUCUUUUCCAGGGAGAAUAAGGAAAGGAUUGUUUUCUUUGAUUCCUCCUUAACUACCAACUCUAGGACUAAGAACUUUAUCAGACUUUCUUUAUGUCUUGCUUAUUUCUUGUGUAUUAAAGUUUGCAAUUUUAAAUGAUGUUUUUAAAAGACAAAAAAACAGUGAAUUUUCUUAUUUUGUUCAUCUUUAGGAAUUCCUUUAUUAUAGGC